UGGAAUCGAACGUCCCCGAGCGCACACGGCGUAGAGGAGAGUACGGCGCACGAGUCUCUGGAAGGAAGAUAACGGUUUAUUUUUUUGCCCCCUCUCGACUCAAACAACAAGAACAAACCAAACCUGAAUUUUCAGAGGGGGUUUACAUAGUCUUCUCAUCACAAGGAGGAGGGAAGCGAGGGAUUGGAUCCGCAAGUUUUUUUUUUCUUUUUCGUUUUUUUUCUUCUUCUCUUUUUCCUAAAAGAGGAUUCUGUGUUUUCGCGGUGGUUUGUUCUCCGUUCUCGCCGCAAAGAUGAUGGUCGGAGAGGUCGAAGUGAAGGAGCGACCGAGGCCGAGUCCCGACUAUUUGAUGCAAUUAUUAAACGAGAAGAAGCUCAUGACCAGUUUGCCAAAUCUCUGCGGCAUCUUCACGCACCUGGAGAGGCUUCUCGAUGAAGAGAUCAACAGAGUGCGUAAAGACAUGUACAGCGACACAGUGAAUGGCCUUGUGGAGAGACACCCUCUGGAGCUGCCUGAGCCUAUGGGACCCAUUGUCCACCUGCAGGAAAAACUGUUUGUGCCUGUCAAAGAGUACCCUGACUAUAACUUUGUGGGAAGAAUCCUUGGUCCUCGGGGACUCACAGCCAAACAGCUGGAAGCAGAGACGGGAUGCAAAAUCAUGGUGCGAGGAAAGAGCUCCAUGAGGGACAAGAAGAAGGAGGAGCAGAACAGAGGGAAGCCGAACUGGGAACACCUAAACGAAGACCUUCAUGUCCUGAUCACAGUGGAAGACUCGCAGGCCAGGGCUGAGAUGAAGAUGAGGAGAGCAGUGGAGGAGGUCAAGAAGCUCCUCGUACCUGCUGCGGAGGGAGAAGACAAUUUGAAGAAGAUGCAGCUGAUGGAGCUAGCUAUUCUCAAUGGGACAUACAGAGACAACAACAUCAAAACACGUGAGUGUUAUCACCUAUCAACCACCCUUGCAUUCUCUCUUGCAGCGGCGGCAGCAGCCGCUCAGGGCCCCCGUCUCAUAGCGGCCCCCACGGGUCAGGUGUUGCCUCCCCAGGCACUCCGGCCCCCAACACCAGCUGGGGCCCCCAUCAUGAACCUCAUCCGGCCCACUCAGAUGGCUGCCAUGCUGCCCAAUGGCACCCCCACCCUGGUGCCUCCCACACCGGAUGGCGGGCUUAUCUACACCUCCCCAUAUGACUACCCUUACGCCCUGGCACCCACCUCCCUGCUGGAGUACCCCAUCGAGCACAGUGGGGUUCUAGGUAAGAGAGCCUGGGGAUGCAUGGGUGCAGCAGGUACAGCGGCCAACUUUAGCCAGCCUGGACAUGAGGGCAGCUUGUUUUACCCCGGAGGGGUGCUGGACGCGGCUUCCAUGAGCCACAGUCAGGACUUGUUGAAAGGUGCAAUGGCUACUAAAGUGAGACGGCAUGACACGCGGGUCCAUCCUUACCAAAGGAUUGUGACCGCUGACAGAGCCGCCACCGGCAACUAACACAUGACCUUCUGACCUCUGAACUCUUCACCCAAUGACGAGCCGCCCCAAGCCUGCCUGCUGAUCAGUUAACUGGUAAUUGCCUUUUGCUAGCCUCUCGGACGCAAGUGAGAGAGAGAGAGAGAGAGAGAGAGAGGCGCCUGCCCGUACAGUUACCCUAACACGUUCUGACAAAAAAUAGAAACCAACGCAGAAUCUUCACAGAAACACAACAAAACCCAACAAAGUUGUGUAAUAUUCAUUUUUCCCUCUGUUCAUUGAGUUCAAUUCCCAUUCUUUCUCUUUCUUUUUCUUCAUGAAUCAUAUACUGGGUGGAUGCGUUUGUGGUAUUACUCAUAAAUCUGCACUGAAUUAUAUAGCAAUAAAGACCCCCACCCCAACCUGCCCACACCACCCCUCCUUUAAUUGCUCUAAUUUGGUGACCUCACUUGUAUGAAUUGAAGCUGAAUAUCUAUUUGACGCAAACCAUUUGGUUUCAGAGUAAUGACAUAACCCCCCCCCAAAGGUUGCCCUUACCUGCUCCCUUCCCGUUCCAAGCCCCACCUAUUGGGAGAGAAAAAGAAAUGGAAGGAAAGAGAACAUACACUCACAUUAACUUGUUUUAUUUCUGUCAUUUUUCACAUGUAGUGCAGUUGUUGAGCUCUAAGAUGUAAUUAUGAGCUGACACAUUCUGGGUGUGCACCUCCAAACAGCUUUCUGUCUGUUUUUUAAAAAAAAAGCAUGGCUGAAAUGAUUGCAAAAGAAGCUUUUAAUGAUUUAUGUGUUUUUCUUCUGUCUUGGUUUUUUUUUUUUUUUGGCUUUACUUUAGAGUCAUUUUCUCCACUUGAUUUUGGUUUUGCUGUUUGUUCAUAUUUGACUAAUUAGCUUUGCUUAAAUUGGCUAGCUAAAAAAGGCAGGUGGUUAACUCUG